GGAAACUAGUGAUAUUGGAGUCCAAUAUGUUGUUCGCUAAUCGUCAUAAAGAUUUUGUUGAACUGCGAUACACUUCGUUCUGACAUUUUCCUGCAAUUGUUGUCAUUUUUCCUAAUAUCCGGAAAAUGCCGCGUAGUCGCACUUGAGUGUUGUUUAUUUUUCUCUGGGUGUUGUCGGAUUUCUGUUACGGCAGAGCUUUGUUUGAAACAUGAAGCAGAGCAUUAUCAAGUAGGUGAUGUCAUUUAUGAUGUAAGAAGGCUGUUCACAUGAACAUGUUGAAAUAGAGGGACAGUCGUAUUAUUCGGCCAUCCUGUUUUCACGCAGUGUAGCCUCAUUUGUAAUUUCUGAGUGACUGACUUAUUAACGGUGAUCUUGGUGCUAAAAUGCUAAUUAGCUUAGGUUUCCGUUCAUCCGAAGCACACAGAAUUUGGGAAAACAAGUUUCAUGUAACUACAAUGGACGAAUUUGUGUCAGGGAUAAAACGACAAACUGUAUAUUGGUGAAAAUUUUAUAGCACAUAUUCACUUACCGAUUUCAUCCAACAUACUUGCACGUUGGAGCUGUUCUUAGAUUGAUUAACUUUCGGCAUUUCGAUUUCUUAUGAAAUAUUCAGAUUUCUGAUGUUACUUUGACUCAUAAAAUUAACUAUCUUCCAUACAUAUACGAUACACUAAGUAUUUUUCUAGGCAUUCAUUAGCAGCUUGUUUGUGUUGAGUUUUCUUCGCAUUAGGGAAUUAAUUUCACCAUAUAAUCUUAUCUGAACUGUACUUGCAGUUUUAUAAUCUUUCCAAUGUUAACUUUUUGGACAUAAAAUUUUCCAAAAUAACUAAAUCGGUAAAACUCCUACUUCUAAAUCUAAUGUUUGAAUUUAACAAAUAAAAAAUGAAUGAUCACUACUCACACUUGAAGACAAUGGAUAUAUAUAUAUAUAUAUAUAUCGCCAAUUCAGAGAAAGUUUAUUUAAUGAGUAUGUGCUGACGACACUAAUCAAGAUACUAUCACUAAUUUUUUAGUUUACUCCUUUCUAAUGACUUGCUUCAGAAUACAUAUCGUGUGGUGUGAUGAUUUAUCUAAGUGUGGGAUGUUAGCGAUAUUUUUAAGACCUCAGUGGUGACGAGUGUGGGCUAUUCAACUCUGUCUAUGGAGUUGAGUGAUAGUCGUCUUGCUGAAAUGGUUGGUUGGGUUCAGUUUUUCGGGACCGAAAGGAAUCAGAUAAUCAUCACCCCUGCUGUUCUCAAUGUUUGGGGACGAUUUAGACAGGCGCAGUGGCUCAUCUAUCUAGUCGUUGGACUUUAAUAAUGGGACCAUAGGUUUGAAUCUCGCUCUGACUAUACUUCAGCCUGGACAACUGGGUAGCAUCGAUAACUCUCAAAAGACGAGUGUGGCUCAUGGGCUAGAAUACGAAAGGCCUGUUGCAGCAUACCAAAUUACAUAUGUAGGGAAUACGAGGUUUAUUAUUUUAAACGUCUUCCGAUUUGAUCUGUCCAAAGAUUGUCUUCGUCAUAUUAUGUAGUUCCAAGGCAAGGAAUCCCCCGUACUAUACACUGUUGUAGAUGCCAACUGUGGAUUAUCCCUAAACCUAUGGCGGACUGACUCACUGUUCACUGCUGUAUGAUUCUCACUGUGUGUUUUUGUUAUGUAGUAGCUGAGUGGUUAAUACUAGUUUUCCCCGUCGCCAAUUAUGUUAUGUACUCGUCGAGUAGUUAAUAGUCCUGACGCGGAAAGAGGGAAAUCAGAAGACCACCAGGUUUACGAUGAUACUUGUAUUUUCCAGACAAGGGAAAUAAAUGUCACACAAGUUUGUGAGUGGAAUAGUACGAAUGUACGAACAAGUGUGUAAACACAAGAAUAUAUAAAAGUGCCCAAUACUAAAGUAUAUAUGAAAAUGGCUAAUACGCAUGAACCAAUAGAUGGCAGUCUUAACAUGAUUGGUUGUAAUGUCAUGUGACAACAAGGUCAUACAUGUUUAUUUAGUUAGUGGACAGACAAGAGCAUAUUGUCAGCUAUAGUGGAAUAUCGAUCCAUAUACACAUAGCAAAAUAUAGCAGACUGUCAAAAACAAAACACACAUCAUGUGGAUACAUAUCAGUUUUACAUCUAGUAACAGUUUAUUUUCUUUUCUUUUCCUCUGUUCAGGAUUUCUUCCCCAUUAUAAAAAAUGCGCUUCCUCAGGGAUUAUAUUUACCUUAUAAAACUUUUGAUUCGUUUCUAUGCACCAGAUUUAUUUACAAUUAAACCGGAUAGAAAAUUUAUUCAUCAAUCAUCCAUUAUCACUGGAUGUAUUAUUUGGUUAUUUGAAUUAAUUUCAAACAUCUAUACCACUGUUGUAUUAGAACCAAUUUUAAAUUGUUUUUCUUUAUAUCUUGGUGGGCGGAAAAAUUUCGGUCGAACUCUAGUAGCGCUUGUUUUAACUUAUUUAUGCUUAAUUAUUAGCUUGUUGUACAUUUAUCUGAUACCUCGACGUCUUUCUAUCCUCUAUUCAUGUUAUGUGUAUUUUGAAUAUAAUUCACUUAAGUGUAGCGCAUAUUGUGAAGGUUUUUGGCUUAUUUUACAUUUCGUAUGCAGUCAUUUAUUAAUUAUAAAUGUAUACUUUCAUUACUUAUGCGCUAUAUUUAUUAAUCCUGGUACUGUUCCAAAUAUUCUGCCAUCAAAUCAUUUAAAUCAUUCUUAUAAUACAGUGUGUACACGUUGUUUUAUUACACGUCCUAUGCGAGCGCAUCAUUGUGUUGUAUGCAAAAAGUGUAUUCUACGCAUGGAUCAUCAUUGUCCAUGGACAGCUAAUUGUAUUGGCUUAUAUACUCAUCGUCAUUUUUAUUUAGUAUUAAUAUAUAUGAGUAUUGGUGGAAUAUAUUUACUAACUGUCGGUUGGUCAGAUUUUAAAAGUUAUCUAACCGAAGAGAAACAACAUCAAGUUAAUGCGACUGCACAACACUCUCUGAGUGAAUCAAAUAAAUUUAUGCAUAUACCAUGGAAGGAAUUUUUCAAUCAAUUAUUCAAAGCAUGCUUUAAUUUCGGUUUUAUUGCAAUCCCCUUAGUAUGUGCUCUUUGUACUUGGCAUACUCGUCUGAUUAGUACUGGAGAGACAAGUAUUGAUCGACAUAUUAAUGCUAAAUUUGCACGUGUACUCAAAGAACGAGGUGUACUAUAUCGUAAUCCGCAUGAUUUUGGCUUAUUUUUAAACUGGGUGAAAUUUCUUGGUCUUAUUGAUAAGUGUGAUGCAGAUUUUGUUCAGAAGAAGGAAUCUUUCCAGUUGUAUACUUUUCUUUGUAAGCGAUUUAUCUCUCGUGUUCUACUGCCUUCUUUUCAUCCACCUUAUGAUGAUGGUUUCAUGUAUGAGUUGAAUUUACCUACGGCUGAAUCUGUUAUACAAUCACUUGCAGAAUCUGGAAUGUCUUAG